AUGCACGUGGACAGCAGGGUGAACCCUCCUGUGAGACGCCGCAGACCAGCUGUGGCCUGCACCGAAUGCCGACGACGGAAGAUCCGAUGUGACCAGGCGACACCUUGCCGCCACUGUGAGAAGGCGGCUCUGCGGUGUAUCUAUAACCACUUGUGUCCCAAUAUCAGCCAAUCCAACAUCAAUCCACCUGCAACGGCGCCGGUGAUUAUCCCAGGCUCGCAGUCCAGCGUGAAUAAUUCUUCGCAAUUGCUGUUAAGUAACGACAACAAGUUUCAUGGCCCCGCCGACAAGAUCCAUCUUCCCCCCAAUUCGGUCGCCCCUCUAGCCUGGGAUAUCGCGCCUCCGGAGACCGGCAUUGAAUUCCUGGCUGACUCCGACUCUGUGGCUAACCUGCAGGGCCAGAUCGGAAAGUUGCGGGACCAACAUACCGCGCCAUGGAUGGAAAUACUCACCUGUGACCCUGACGAGUUCUGGUUCGAUUCCGAAGAUCUACGACGGAUGCAGAGAAAGACCCGCGAUCUCGAGCUCUCGCUAGCCACUUCAAAGAUGCCUUUGGAAUGGCUCUAUUGGCCCCCGGGCCCUACCACACCUGAAGUGUCAAGCCUAAUUCCCCCACGAGCCACUUGCGACGUGCUGCUGGAGUUGUACGUCAAUACUUUCGAGUCUGCAAUUCGCAUAUUGCACAUACACUCGUUCUAUCAAGAGUAUAGGCAGUAUUGGAACAGUCCGGACAGCAUCAGUGAUGUCUUUCUGUGCAAGUUGCUGCUGGCCAUGGCAAUCGGAACGUUGUUCGCCCCUGCCUCACCAUCAGCAGGCCAGUUGGCAGACAUGCGACCUCGGGCAUUGGCGUGGAUGCACCACAGCCAACAAUGGCUUUUUCGGAAGAUCGUGCUCGACGCCCAGCUCAACCUCGACAUGCUGCAGAUCGGGUGCCUCCUGCUUUUAUGUCGCCAUACCAGUCCUCCAGUCGUCGGUGGUCAGCAUUUCUGGCUAUCGGAGGACUGUUUGGUGCGGAUGGGCAUGAAACUCGGCCUCCAUCGUGACCCCCACAUCCAUAACCUCGCAAUGCUCGGCACCGAGGUUGAAGUCCGAAGACGGCUCUGGGUGACCCUGCUCGAGCUUUCGCUCCAGGCUAGUCUAGAUGCCAAACUUCCUGUCCCACUGCCCAUCGAUGGUGGGUUUGACACCGGACUCCCCUCGAAUUUGUCGGAUACCGAUCUAGGUUCKGUGGCUACGCUGUGCGAUCCCAAGCCCCGCUCCUUCUUCACAGAUUCCACCAUGCAGAUUCUCCUCGCCGAGACACAGAGGAUCCGGAUUCGUAUUCUGAAUCAUUUGUACUCCCCCACCACAAGUAUACCGUAUCAGGAGGCGCUGAAGCUAGCAUCCGAGCUUAGGAGAGCCUGCAAUGCCAACCUAAGAUUGUUGCAAUCCUUUACCCUUCAAGCACCGGGCGCUGUCAUGCCUACCGAUUUCCAGAUCAAGUUUCUCGACCUCUGGACUCGAAGGUUUCUUCUUGCCCUCCUCACUCCAUUUGCCGACGAAUCGUGCUCGGACUAUUCCUUAUAUUACACUCGCAAAGGCCGCAUCGAUGCGUCCUCGCUUUUGCUGUCCUAUCCUCUGUCCCACAACACCGCCACUGGCCCUUCUUCGCCAAUGGGCAGCUACUACCUCCAGUUGCAAAUCUCCGGCCAGGGCAUCUUCAAGAACGUCCUGCAACAGGCCACUGCAGCAAUUUGCCAGGAUCUGAUCCAGGAGCUAGUUGAGGAUGCAUUCCCACUCACGGAUCGAGAACCCCAUACCAAGCUCUACCAAAUUAUAAAAGACUCAAUCAGGAUCUACCGGACACGUAUGGAGCAGAGCCAACCUUGUAUGCAGGAGUAUGUGGCAUUCGUAUGCGCAUCUGUUCAGAUUGAGGCAUUACGCUCGGGAAAGGAUGGGACACAUGAUAUUUUCCCAAUGGUCAAAAAGGCUCUGGGGCAAUGGCACCAUAUUCUUGAGUCAGCCCAAAGGUCCAACAGCCCUGAAAAGCAUUGA